CGCGGGGGAAAAAAGAGAGAGAUUUGGAGGUUGAGAGGCCCAGCGUGUAAUGCCGUCACGCGCAUUCAGCCGAUGGGCGUCAUCGCUUGACGCCCACUCAUCCGUCCGCUUCCCGGGGCUGCAGAGCUGCGCGAUGGCGAUGGCCAGGAGCGGCAGAUCUGGCAGAUCUGCGCUUCCCUUGACGGCAGCGAUCCUUGCGGGCGGCGUGGUGGCCGGCUGUGUGGCGUCAAAGCACUUCCAGCACCUGCUGCUCAUGCACACGAGGCAGCGGCAAUCCUGUUCAUCAGCAGCCAGAUGUGAGAGCCCCCAAGACAGCACCAGCAGCACCAGCACCCCGACCAGCACGACAAGCAGCAUCUUCCCGUUCGCUUCUUCUGCUAAAGAGCGGCUGAUCAUCUUUUGUAAGUACCCUCGCCCCGGCUUCUCCAAGACCCGGCUGGCGCCCGCCUUGGGGCCGGGGGGAGCCGCCCUGGCGCACAAGGAGAUGGCGGAGGACACAUUUCGGCUGGGCAGGGCCUUCCAACUUGACCGCAGGAAGGCCUCUAGCUCUUCAUCUGACGGUGUGCCUGAUGUGGAGAUCUUCCUGGUGGGCGAGAGCAAAAUCAAAUUCAGGCGGUGGCUGAAACGGGCGCUGAUCGACCCCUCUGUGUCUGCCGCUGCCGCUGCUGGUGCUGGUGCUGGUGGUGGUGCUGGUGGUGGUGAUGCUGGUGGGAAAAAGGACAAGCACGAGGUGGCGGCGAAAUGGGAGGAUCGGCUUGAGGCGGCCCAGGACUUCUACGACGAGCGGCGCAACAUCUUCAGCGGCUUCACGCUCCCCGCCGUCCCCAUCAAGGACGCCCUCAUGCCCCUCGUCCACAAGGCCCUCGGCACCGACAAAGACACAGACACAGACAAGGACAAAGACAAAGAGGGGAAAGAAGCGACAGAGAAGAAGCCAUUAUCCCCCGCCCAGAAGCAGAGGAAAGAAGAGCAGCAGCUGGCAUUUCGCCUCGAGCCGCAGCCUGACGGCGAUCUCGGCCAGAAACUGCGCCAGGCGUUCGUGCGGGCCUUUGGUGAGGGCAGACAGAGGGUGGUGUCUGUUGGGACGGACUGCCCGGAUCUCUCUGUCGAUCUGCUGCGAGAGGCCUUCGACCACCUGAAGAAGGACAAGACCGUCGUGGUGGGCCCGGCGACCGAUGGCGGAUACUACCUCAUCGGUGAGCGCCCGUCUGACCUGACGACACACACACUGCACUGCGCACAAUGGCCGGCGAUGCCAGACCAGAUGGAUGGAUGGAUCUCUGUGUGUGUGUGUGUGUGUGUGUGCAGGUCUGUCGGAGCGGUGUGACGCCCUGUUCCAGGACAUUGACUGGUCGACGAGCAAGGUGCUCUCGCAGGCCCUCCAGCGCGCCAAGGAUGCCGGCUUCAAGGUCCACAAGCUGCCCACACUCAGCGACAUAGACACACCUAGCGACCUGCCCGUCUUGGAAAAGGUCAGCAAUGCCGGGAAAAGAACAAAAAAGGGGGCUGCACGUGUGUAUAAGUGUCUGUGUGUGUGUGUGUUUGUGUGUGUGUGUGUGGUGGUUUGUUGGCAGGCUCGUGCACGUGCAGGUCGUGUGCCGUCGCGGGCUAUCAGAGAGAGGACGUGCAGCAUCGGUAGGUCAGACAAGAGAAACUACACACACACACUGACAUCUGUCUAUGUGUUGUGGUGUGUUGUGCUGCGUGUGUUUUGUGCAGGUGUAGUGAUCCCGACGCUCAACGAGGCGGCGACCAUCGCGACCACCAUCCACACGCUGCUCUACCGCGCCUCAUCGCCCACCGCACACAACAUUCAAGUGGUCGUCUCAGGUCAGCCAGCAUCCCAAACCUCUCCCUCUCACUCACACACACACACACACACGCAGAGAGAUUAUCGGUCAGAGAAAACGCCCCGAAUGCGCGUGUGUGCAGAUGCUGGCAGCACCGACGGCACGUACGAGAAGGUCAAGCAGCUAGUGCGCGACCACCCUAAGCGCGUGAGGUACGUCUGGGGCCGCCGGUCGAGGGCCGAGCAGUUCAACAGGGGAGUGGACGCUUUCGACACGCCACCAGACAUUCUCUUCUUCCUCCACGGCGACACCACCAUGGCUCACGUGCGUCAGGAGAGACACACACGCCUCUCUCUCCCUCUCUCCCCGUGUGUGGGCCCCCCCUCUCUGUGUGUGUGUGUGCAGGGUUGGGACAGAGACCUUGUUGACGCGCUCCUCUCCGACCCUUUCAAUGUCGCCGGCGCAUUCCGGUUCAAGGCAAGCCUCGGAUCGCCAACACAUGAGCUCACAGCAUCUGUGCCAUGGGCUGUGUGUCGUGCUGCUGCUGUGUGUGUGUGUGUGUGGUAGGUGGAUUCGCCUCGCUGGCUGCUGCGUGCGAUUGAGUGGAGUGUCUUGAAGCGGUGCGAGUGGUUCCAGUUCCCCUACGGCGACCAGGGGCUCUUCAUGGCUCACAGCACAUUCCAACGGGUGUGUGUCCCUGUGCAUACCCACACACAUCAUCUCUCUCUCUCUCUCUCUGUGUGUGGGUCUCUCUCUCUGUCAGCUUGGCGGCUUCCGGACAGACCACCCCAUCAUGGAGGACUUUGAGAUCGUAACCAUCCCCCUCACAAACGACACACACAUCUGUCUCUGCAGUCAAGCUCCUGGUCUCCCCCUCUCUCUCCCUCCCUGUUGGUUUGUGCAGGUGCAGCGGCUGCGCAAGAUGGGCCGCAUCGCUUUGACAAAGGAGGACGCCACGACGUCAGCCCGGAGAUGGGACCUGCACGGCGUACCAAAGGUGGGCAUAUCUUACCCUCACCCAGCACACAGUGGUACUUGUGUCUGUCUGUCUGUCUCUCUGUGUGUGCGCCAGGUGACUUUUCUCAACUGGUUUUUCGCCCUGGCUUACCUGUGGGGCGUCUCGCCCAAGACCAUCUACAAGUGGUCAGCAUAGAUAGAGUCAUGUGUGUGCCCAUCCAUCCAUCCAUCCAUCAGGUAUUACGGGCGCCCCGCAGCUCGUGAGGACCGGCCGGCCGACGCGGUGCCGGCGGACCUUCCGCCGACGGAGAAGCCGCCGCCGAUCGUGCCAAGGCCCGCCAGGGUGCCCAAGAUCCCCGAGUUCGGCAGUGGGGCUGGCCCCGACUUCCAAGACCAGCUGAGACCACCUGAGUGAUUGACGUGAGCUGGCUGAGCAUGUCGGCGUGUCCUUUAUUCCUUACGAUUGACCUGUGUCUAAUGCACGUCUGCAGCAGACGUGACAUGCUUUGAGGUGUGUGGUAUUGUGCGUGUCUCGUGUCACCUGGAUCUCCGUCACGACGUGCUGUGGCUGUUGGCAAAGCAGCCGUGGCGUGGCGUGACGGCAAGGCUGACGACAUGCGACACGGACAGGCGACGAGAGAAAGAGAGAGAGGGGUUCGGAUUUUGUUGUGUUUGGGGUGAUGUGAGCUGAGAGAGAUGGGCCUUAUGCGCUUCUGCGUGUGCGUGUGCGUGUGAGAACGGUUUGAUGCUGUGACACACAGGCUGCUGGUGGAUAUGUGUCGGUGUGAGGAUGUCAUUCAGGCCCUUGGGGUCAACAUCGACACAGCGUGUCAUGAGAUAUGUGAAGUACCCAUCUACCCACACCUACCCUCAUCCAUUC